UCCCCAAGUCAUCAUAACUGUAAUGUCAGCAGCAGCCAGAGCGUUUACUAAAUGCUUUAUGGUCAGAAUAAACAAAACUCGCAGAGGCUUUUAUUUUGAAGCCACGUCCCGGAAGUGAGGCGGGUUCCCGGGCUCGGCCAGUGAGCGCGGAGCUUCCAGCCUCUUUGGGACGGAUCAGCUUUGUCCCGUUGUUGUGCUGAGAAAGAGUCUCUGGCACCAACAGCGAGGAGCCGCCAGAGCCUCCGUGUGUCCGGAUAAAGCUGCUGCUCUCCGGCUUCACCUCGGACUCAUCUCCCGGGAGCCUCCGGAGCUACUGGAGGUAGCUUAGCAUGCUAACCGGAAGUUAGCCACAGUGCUAGUUAGCGUGAAAACAGAGUUCGUGGAGAAAAGUUUCGAGCGAUGGAAAUGAGUAAAGUCCAGGUGCUGAGAGCGUUGGUGAAGCAGCGACUGAGUGCGGCUGCUGAAGAGAUAUUCGGGCUGUUUGAAAGAACGAUAUCAGAGUACGAGCGGGAGGUCGACCGCCAGCGCGAGCUGCUGGAGGGUCACGUGAGGCCGGAAGUAAACAGAGACGAUGUCUACAAAUUCAUUGUCAGCAAAGAAGAGCUUCUCCCAGAACAGCAGGAGUGUAACCCCAGUCUGGACCAGGAGGACCCAGAGCCCCCACACUUUAAAGAGGAGUGGAGCCCCAGUCUGGACCAGGAGGACCCACUAGAGUUCCCACACAUUAAAGAGGAACAGGAGGAACUCUGGACCAGACAGCAGGGAGAGCAGCUUCCAGGACUGGAGGAGGCUGAUAUCACCAAGUUCCCAUUCACUCCUGUCCCUGUGAAGAGUGAAGAAGAUGAUGAGAAACCUCAGUCCUCACAGCUUCAUCAAAGCCAAACUGAACAGAUGGAAGCCAAAGCUAAAGGAGAGGACUGUGGAGGACCAGAACCAGCUGGGAACUCUGAUGCAGAUAGACUUUUACAAUCUGAGACUGAAGACUCUUCUGAACCUGAGAGGAAAGUCAGUGAUUGUUGGAAGGAGACCAGAGGACCUCAGGCAGGUUUGAACUUUCUGAAAAAUAAUGAAGUACCAGCAAGUGAAAUGAGAUUUAAUAAAGGUGGGAAAUCAUUCCCGUGCGCUGAGUGUGGGAAAAGAUUUAGUCAAAACUCAAACCUCAAGACCCACAUGAGAGUCCACACAGGAGAGAAACCUUUCAGCUGCUCAGUUUGCGGUAAAAGAUUUACACAAAAGGUUAAUAUGACCCACCACAUGGCCCGUCACACAGGGCACAAACUAGUCAGCUGCAGUGUUUGUGAUGAAAGAUUUACUUGGCUUUCUCAGCUCAAAAACCAUAAGUGUGUCGGUCGUCGGUCCUCACAGCUUCAUCAAAGCCAAACUGAACAGAUGGAAGCCAAAGCUGAAGGAGAGGACUGUGGAGGACCAGAACAAGCUGGGAACUCUGAUGCAGAUAGACUUUUACAACCUGAGACUGAAGACUCUUCUGAACCUGAGAGGAAAGUCGGUGAUGGUUGGAAGGAGACCAGAGGACCUCAGGCAGGUUUGAACUUUCUGAAAAAAUCAUUCCGCUGUGCUGAGUGUGGGAAAAGAUUUAGCCAAAACUCAAACCUCAAGACCCACAUGAGAGUCCACACAGGAGAGAAACCUUUCAGCUGCUCAGUUUGCGGUAAAAGAUUUACACAAAAGGUUAAUCUGACCCACCACAUGGUACAUCACACAGGGCACAAACUAGUCAGCUGCAGCGUUUGUGAUGAAAGAUUUACUUGGCUUUCUCAGCUCAAAAACCAUAAGUGUGUCGGUCGUCAGUCCUCAGAGCUUCAUCAAAGCCAAACUGAACAGAUGGAAGCCAAAGCUGAAGGAGAGGACUGUGGAGGACCAGAACCAGCCAGGAACUCAGAUCCAGAUAGACUUUUACAACCUGAGACUGAAGACUCUUCUGAACCUGAGAGGAAAGUCAGUGAUUGUUGGAAGGAGACCAGAGGACCUCAGGCAGGUUUGAACUUUCUGAAAAAUAAUGAAGUACCAGCAAGUGAAAUGAGAUUUAAUAAAGGCGGGAAAAAAUUCCGCUGCGCUGAGUGUGGGAAAAGAUUUAGCCAAAACUCAAAUCUGAAGACCCACAUGAGAAUCCACACAGGAGAGAAACCUUUCAGCUGCUCAGUUUGCGGUAAAAGAUUUAUACAAAAAGUUCAUCUGACCCACCACAUGGUACAUCACACAGGGCACAAACUAGUCAGCUGCAGUGUUUGUGGUGAAAGAUUUACUUGGCUUUAUCAGCUCAGAAACCAUAAGUGUGUCGGUCGUCGGUCCUCAGAGCUUCAGAUGGAAGCCAAAGCUGAAGGAGAGGACUGUGGAGGACCAGAACCAGCCAGGAACUCUGAUCCAGAUAGACUUUUACAACCUGAGACUGAAGUCUCUCUAAGUGAUACCGACAAACCAUUCAGUUGCUCUGACUGUGGUAAAACUUUUGGCCGUAAGACACAUUUGCGGGAACACCUGAGAUGUCAUACAGGAGAAAAGCCUUUCAGCUGUUCAAUUUGCAAGAAAUGUUUUUCAUGGAGAAGACAUUUAAAGAGACACAUGAGAAUCCACACAGGAGAGAAAAGACUGAGCUGCAGUGUUUGUGACAAAAUGUUUAACUGGCCUUAUCAGCUCAGAAUCCAUCAGUGUGUUGCUGAGUCCUCGCAGCUUCAUCAAAGACAAACACAACCUCAGGCAGGUUCAAACUCUCCAACGACGAGUCUUGACGUCCCUGUUGGCGACGUGGGAAGCAGUACUAAGAAAACGUUUUCCUGCUCCUGGUGUGGGAAAAAAUUCGGCUACAAUGACUCUCUGCUGAGACACAUACGAUGCCACACGGGAGAGAAACCCUUCAGCUGCUCAGUUUGUGGAAGACAAUUUGGAGAAAAGGGAAAUUUGAGGCAGCACAUGGUCGUCCACACGGGGGAGAAACCUUUCAGCUGCAGCGUCUGUGACCAAAGGUUCAGUUGGCGGAAACAGCUGAAAAAACACAAGUGUGUUGGUGAAGCUGCAGCAGGAAACGAACGUCCUUCUUCCAGUUAGGUUGAAUCCAGAUGUUCGGAUGUCUCCACACAAACUGGCAGACUUCAAACCUGCUGAAGCUGCGACGCUUGAUUCAGAUGAACAACAGCAGGUGACUGAUGGAGACCGAAGCUUCAAAAGUCUCUGCUGCUUCAGAAAGAUUCAUCCAGCUGAACUCUGUGACCGAAGAUGUUGAUGAUGUUCACAAAGACAGAAUCGGCGCUGUGAGAACAUUUAGGGCUCAUUUAAUGGAUCCCAUCCUCCAGUCACAUCACACCGAGACUCUGGAAAUGUUCCAUAAACAUCGGCCAUCAAGUUAAACACGAGUCCACAGCGGCUGUGACCCUCAGCAGGAAGGUCCGUUCAUCUUUUAGAUCUGCAGUCAUUAUUUCACUGGAACAUCUUUCACUGGAAAAUCUUAGAGCUGCUAUAAGCUCUACAGACCUGCAGGUGUCGCCGUGCUGCUGCGUUUGAGGCUCCAUCACUAGAAGAGGUGUUAACAGCCUGCAGCGUUCACGUCUUUGCACGACUCCAGAUGUUUGGUUGUUAAAGUUACUGAACUUCGGUAAUAAAACACUGCAGACAUUAAAUAUGAGUUUAAUUACACGGAACCACAGGCGGGCUGAUGUGAGGCGGCCAUGUUUGGUUUGUUUUCAGAGAUGCUCACAAGUCUCUGAGCUAGAGUCCAAGUCUCAGGUCUCUCCUGGUUAUAAUGAAUGCUGCGUUCAGGCUGCAACCAUGUGAUAUUAACUUCUGUAAGUCAACACAUCCCCCAGACUCAAACCAGUGUAACGUUAUAACUAAAUAAAACGUAUGAUCAACAAUAAACCUGUAACCUGUUAGGAGCCAACGUUAAUAAUUAACGUGAUGGCAGCCGGCGGGACGUAAAUGAUCACGUUUAUCGACCACCUCAAGUUUGGCGAGCAAAAAAACGCUCAUUCAUCUUCUCAUAAACGACAGUUAUAGGAAACGCUGGAAGGGGAAUAACGGCACACUCAUUGGACGUUAGCUAAAAAUAAACAUCGUUCACGAGUCUCGCACCUCGAGUCUGUCUCUGAAGUCACUUUGUGUGUCUCAAACUCGAGUCCCCAUCUCCGCUUCAGGGUUAUUAAGCACCGAGUUGGAAACAUCAGGGGUCUCAUUUCUAAACGCUGCGUACGUACAAAACGGGACUGGAAACGUGCGGACGCCACUUCCCAAGCAAAGGUUGUGAUCUGUAACAAACAAACCUGACGGGAGAAUGUGCGUCCUGUUAGUAAACUCUGAACCAUGCGUACGCACAAAGAGGGGAAAAGAGCGCCUCACAUGGCAGAAGGAUGAAACGGUUUGAGAUGAAGAGGCCGACUGCUGUGUAAAAUAAAUCCCAGUAUUACCUCUGAGUGUUCCAGGCUUAAAGCCUUUCUGAAUAAACAAACACCCGUUUGACUGAAUGAUUUUAUUUUUUUCCCCAAAGUGCGCAAAAAAACCCACAAUUUAAAAUUAUUUGCAGCCACAAAAAGAUCCAGAUUCAGGAUCUUAAACACAAACUGAGAUUCUGUUUCUGCCAAAGAGCCUCAAAUAUGUUUAAUCAGGAAUCAGAUUAUUUAAUACUUGCAUGCAGCAAUUUAUUCUCAUAAUUAAGGUGAACAGGAGACAAAUUACAUUUAAACUGAUGCUGUUUUCAGUGCGUCAGUCGAGCAAAUACGAGAGCAGAGUUUCAGGUGUUGUUCUCACAUUUCCUUAUUGAACCAAACGCUGAGCGCCAGCAUGUGGAUCUGAAGCGCUGCUUUUAAUAACACGAGAGUCCGCCUCCUUUUUUUCCUGUAGUCAGGACGGAUUAAUAUUAACCAGCUUCACUGAGCGUUUGAAGGGUCGGACAUGGCGCUCCCUCACAGGGGCCACAUUUGAAGUUGAUUGUGAUUUAUAAAGGGAACUUGCUUACAGAUGUGCGAACGCACAGUUUGUACACUUUUAGUGAGGUUUUAUAAAUGAAGAGUUUCAGGAUUAUUAGGACGACAGAGUUUUAGAGUCACAUUAAGGGAAAAAUUGAAUUUUUUUUUUUUAAUUACCUUUUAUUUUGAAAAUAAGUUGAACUCCUUUAGUCCAUCAAAUCACAUUAGAGCGCGUGUCCGCCAUGCAGCUACAUCAUAGACAGCUUUUGCUUUCAGUUAAGAACACAGUCGCACCUCUUCAGAAACUCAAACUCCAAGCAUGUAACUCGUGUCUAUGAUGUCGCCUACAUGGCAGCUGACGUGGCGGAGAGUUACUCUAACGUCACUCGUCCUUUAUGUGGCUCUACUAUUGGGACUUUGGGUUCCCACGUCUGAAACAAACGUGAUGUGAAGGCGGCAUCGUUUUCUGCUUAUUCUUUCCUCAUUGUUAGUGACGUGUUAUUAUUCAAAAGGCCCAUUUUGGAUUUGUGUAAAAACUUUAAAUAAAAAUAUUCUGACACACUGUCUUGCUUCCUGCUGCUGCACGAUCUCCCCUCACGCUUACAAACCAGCUUUAUUUACUUACCCGACUCUACCCUACCUUGUACCCAGCUUCACUGGUGUUGUCAGCCCCAUAUCGCCAAAAUGGCGUGAUCCUUGUUUCAAUGCGAAGCUUCGACCGUGAGAUUGACAGUCGUAUCAGGCUCUGCCCAUCGAUGCAUCAAAUCUUUGACUAUGCGGGGUCAGGCCUAAUACCUUGGUUAGCAGUUUUUUGUUUUUUUUUAAAGUGUCCACAGAAGGAGCUUUUGGGGGAUGGAGAAGGUCCGGUAGGUACUGGGGGGGGUGGGGCUGGUCUACGUGAGAACCUUAGCAACCUAUUGGAGCUGGUCCAGGACUUUUGCUGGGUCCCCCGAACAGGACUCUGGACACUGCAGUAGUCCAAGCGGGAGGUGAUGAAGGCGGCCAGGUGUGAUUGAAGGCCGAGUUCUUACGGCUGAUUAGUAUGUUGUUCCUCAAAUGUAAGUUGCUUUGGAUAAAAGCGUCUGCCAAAUGUAAAAUGUAAAUGUAUUACGUUUUGACUGUUUUUACCAAGACUGCAGCGUAAACAAUCUGGAUUCACGGUGACAAUCGUGAAUAAGAGGAAAUAAAUAUCGUUUGAGGUUUU